AUGGACAUCACCAAGGCGGGUAUAAACAGGAAAUUACAACUACAGGAGCUUGAAUGCCUUAGAAUGGAGGCAUAUGAGAAUGCUCGGAUUUACAAGGAGAAGACUAAAGUAUUUCAUGAUCACCAUAUCCGGAAGAAGGAUUUUCAAGAAGGUGACGAAGCUCUCCUCUACAACUCGGGGCUCAGAUUCAUGCCUAGAAAGCUCCGUUCAAGAUGGGAAGGACCCUUCAAGGUGAAGGAGGUAAAGCUCUAUUGUGUGGUAGAACUAUUUGACCCUAAAAGUGAGGCAACUUUCAAGGUAAAUGGCCAUAGAGUGAAGAAAUACCAUGGCAAUAAAUCACCAAGGAAAGUGGAGGUGCUUCUACUUGAGGAUGCACCAAAAGGAAAGGAAGCUUAA